AACCUCGUGUGCGGCAGUGCCUGGAUGCUGGAUCUCUCACAGGCUAUCCUCAACCUGGGCUUUCUGGCUGGCGCCUUCACCCUGGGCUACGCUGCAGACAGAUAUGGCAGAAUCCUCAUCUACCUGCUCUCCUGUCUCGGGGUUGGGAUAUGUGGUAUCAUAGUGGCAUUUGCACCAAACUUUACUGUAUUUUUGGUCUUCCGUUUUCUCCAAGGCGUGUUUGGCAAGGGAACCUGGAUGACAUGCUACGUGAUCGUGACAGAGAUCGUUGGUUCUGACCAGCGGAUUGUUGGGAUUGUGAUUCAGAUAUUCUUCACCCUGGGAAUUAUGAUUCUUCCUGGAAUUGCAUACUUGGUUCCCACGUGGCAGGGGAUCCAGCUGGCCAUUUCACUGCCCAACUUCCUCUUCCUCCUCUACUACUGGGUGGUUCCUGAAUCUCCACGUUGGCUCCUGACACGCAAAAAGGGAGAGAAGGCAUUAAAGAUCAUGCACAGCAUUGCAAAACACAAUGGGAAAUAUCUCUCACCACAUUACUCAGAGAUCACUAUUAGCAACGAGGAGGUCAGCAACCCCUCCUUUCUCGACCUGGUGAGGACUCCCCAGAUGAGGAGGAACACGCUCAUCCUGAUGUAUGCCUGGUUCACAAGCGCCCUGAUCUACCAAGGGCUUGUCAUGCGCCUAGGCAUUACCGGAGGAAACCUCUACCUAGACUUCCUCAUCUCAGGAGCUGUGGAGCUGCCUGCUGCUCUCCUAAUUUUGGUGACAAUCGAUCGCAUUGGCCGGCGCCUUCCUUUUGCAAUAAGCAACAUCGUGGCAGGAGUUGCAUGCCUCAUCACCGCCUUCUUGCCAGAAGAUAUCCCAUGGCUCAAAAUGACGGUCGCCACGCUGGGAAGGCUGGGCAUCACGAUGGCUUUUGAAAUCGUCUAUCUUGUGAACACUGAAUUGUACCCUACGACGCUGAGAAACUUUGGUGUUUCCCUGUGCUCGAGUUUGUGUGACCUAGGUGGGAUCAUAGCCCCUUUCCUGCUUUUCCGAUUAGCAGCCAUUUGGUUGGAGCUACCUCUAAUUAUUUUCAGUAUUCUAGCCGUUGUCUGCGGGCUCCUAGUGUUACUUUUACCAGAAUCAAAGGGAAUCUCCUUACCAGAGACAGUGGAGGAUGUGGAACAGCUUUCAAGUCGUUUCGGUAAAUGUGGCAAGAAACGGAAACGCCAGGACAUCAAUUCUUGUAUUUGA